UCACAGGACAGACAUUGUUACGGUAUUCAGGCAUAUCUCCUCACAGGACUCCGCGGCUGCCGCCUAGCCACCCGAGCGACGACGACGACGACGCCGACGGCGAGUGACUCCGACCCGAAGGCUCAGCGUGCAUCCAAAAUACCGCCUCCGACAAAGGCUGCACCGCCGGCGAGGCGGUUUCCCCAAUCUGCACAUGGUUGGCGUGCCGUAGAGAGGCUCGGGGACGUACAGUACAUGGUUGCGCGCCGCAGAGAGACUCGGUGACGCUCAGCACAAUGGCUUCUGCCAAUGGCGGAGGCGGUGGAGGAGGCGGAGGCGGAGGCGGCAACAUCAAGGUGGUCGUGCGUGUACGACCAUUCAACUCGCGUGAAAUUGGCCGCAGCGCAAAAUGUAUCGUGUCGAUGAAGGACUCUCAGACGGUGCUUUCCCCUCCGCCCGACACCAAGGGUAAACCCAUAAAGGCAGCGCUCGAGGGUAGCAAGACCUUCGCAUUCGACAAGUCCUACUGGUCCUUCAAUCGCGAUGACGGCCAUUUUGCUGGUCAGCAGGACGUCUUCGAUGAUCUGGGCAAGCCCCUGCUCGAGAAUGCCUUCUUGGGCUUCAACAACUGCAUUUUCGCCUAUGGCCAAACCGGAUCCGGCAAGAGUUACAGCAUGAUGGGUUAUGGCGACGAGGAAGGUGUGAUACCACGUAUCUGCAGAGAGAUGUACGAGCGCAUCGAUCGUCUGACCGGGCAGGAUGCAAAUAAUACGUGUACUGUCGAGGUCUCCUACUUGGAAAUUUACAACGAGCGUGUUCGCGACUUGCUCAAUCCCAGCAAUAAAGGCAACCUGAAAGUUCGAGAACAUCCUUCUACAGGGCCGUACGUGGAAGAUCUCGCCAAGCUGGUCGUCCGCAGUUUCGCGGAAAUUGAACACCUCAUGGACGAGGGCAACAAGGCGCGUACGGUCGCCGCCACGAAUAUGAAUGAGACUUCGUCACGUUCCCACGCAGUUUUCACUCUUACACUCACACAAAAGCGUCACGACGUAGAAACGAAUAUGGACUCGGAGAAGGUGGCCAAGAUCAGUCUUGUCGAUUUGGCUGGUUCCGAGCGAGCAACGAGUACAGGGGCGACGGGAGCUAGAUUGAAGGAAGGUGCCGAGAUCAACCGCUCGCUCUCCACCUUGGGGCGAGUCAUAGCUGCUUUGGCAGACCUGAGCACGAGCAGUAAGGCGAAGUCGAAAGGUGUGCAGGUUCCCUAUCGUGACUCGGUUCUCACUUGGCUGUUGAAGGAUAGCUUGGGCGGCAAUAGCUUGACCGCCAUGAUUGCAGCCAUCUCUCCCGCCGACAUCAACUUUGAGGAGACAUUGUCGACUUUGCGCUAUGCCGACUCGGCCAAACGCAUCAAGAACCAUGCAGUGGUCAACGAAGAUCCUAACGCCAGGAUGAUCCGUGAGCUCAAAGAGGAGCUGGCACAGUUGCGUUCGAAACUGAGCACCGGCGGCACUGUGGCAGAGGAGCAAUACAGUGCAGAUACUCCAUUAGAGAAGCAGAUUGUGAGCUUCACCCAGGCAGACGGUACCGUGAAGAAAGUUUCCAAAGCCGAGAUUCAAGAGCAAUUGUCCCAGUCAGAGAAGCUGUAUCUCGAUCUGAACCAGACCUGGGAGCAGAAGCUCACGAAGACGGAACAGAUUCACAAAGAGCGGGAGGCUGCUCUAGAAGAGCUGGGAAUCAGUAUUGAGAAAGGCUUCGUGGGGCUCAGCACACCGAAGAAGAUGCCGCAUCUGGUCAAUCUGAGUGACGACCCACUUCUUGCUGAGUGUUUGGUCUAUAAUCUGAAGCCCGGUACCACGACGGUUGGCAAUGUGGAGACAAACCCUGCGCCAAGUGAGUCGGGAGGGCCGACAUCUGUCGACAUUCGCCUGAACGGGUCUAAGAUUCUGCAUGACCAUUGCGCAUUCGAGAAUGUGGACGGAGUGGUCACAGUGGUGCCUAAAGACGGUGCAGCAAUCAUGGUCAAUGGCAUUCGCAUUGAAGCGCCCAAGCGUUUGCGCUCGGGCUACCGUGUCAUUUUGGGCGAUUUCCACAUUUUCCGUUUCAACCACCCUCAAGAAGCUCGUGAAGAGCGUGCGGAGCAGGGUAGCUUGCUGAAAUUUUCCGUCACAGCGGACCAGCUCGAUUCGCCAUCCCCUCGACCAAAUGGGCAUGAACGGACUCCAAGUUCGAUCAGUCGGAUCUGGUCUGAUGAUGAGGGCGAAACGAGAAGUCCGGGGAACGAGUCUCCUGCGCCAUUUCGAACGCAUGGACGUGACAGCGAUUGGGCAUUCGCACGGCGCGAGGCCAUCUCUUCUUCUCUAGGACCGGAUCAGAAGAUGACAGAUCUCUCGGAUGACCAGUUAGACGUCCUGUUCGAGGAUUUACAGCGCGUGCGUGCUGUGCGCAAAGCAAGGCCGGAACCCAAGCUAUCCGAGACCUACAGCGGAGACACUGACAGCGAAUCUGUCUCAUCUCACCCAGUGCGAGACAAGUACUUGAGUAACGGCACUUUAGACAACAUCUCGCUAGACACCGCUCUCACCAUACCUUCAACGCCUCGUCAAAGCGGAGACGAAGAGCAACUCAAACACUCUAGAGAUGAGAUGCAGGACCAGCUCGACCAACGAAAGGACGAAUACAAGCAAAAACUACAGAACGCCGAAGAAGGAAGUGUCGAGAUUGAGGAAUUGCGAACGGAAAAAGCAAAGAUGGAGGCGUCCCUCCAGGAAUUGAAAGAUACGAUGCAGAAGCAGCUGGCGGAGCAAAAGAAGCAGUUUGAUAAGCAGUUGCGCGAGUUGCAAGUCCGACGCAAACCGCAGAGGAAAAGUCUUGAUCCUGGUCUCAGCGAACGUGAAGUAUGGCUUGUGAAGUGGGUCCUUACUCAUUGGAGGAGGCACCGGUAUGUGGCCAUGGCGGCAGCGGUGUUGCGAAACGCCUCGGCGCUCAAGGAGGCGCAAGUCAUGAGCCAGAAAAUUGGUCGAAGCGUGGUCUUCCAGUUUGCCAUUGUUGACGUCGGACACACCUUGAGCUCAUCAUAUGACUUGGUCUUGAACGGCAUUUCGACCGAAGAAAGCACUGAUCCGGAGCUGGAGUUGGCGCCCAAACCAUGCCUCGCAGUCAGAGUCAUCGAUUUCCACAGUAACGUGAUCCGGCUCUGGUCGAUUGAGAAAUUGCAUAAACGAAUACAGACGAUGCGGCAGAUGUUACAAUUCUUGGAUCGUCCAGAGUACAUGCAGCAUUUCAAUCUGAGUAAUCCGUUUGAUGAAGAGUGCAUGCCAGAUUACACCAGGAUUGGCGAUGCCGACAUACCACUUACGGCGGUGUUCGAGUGUCGAGUACAAGACUUCAGCCUCGAUGUUUACUCUCCGUACACGUCUUGCAUUGUUGGCGUAGUGAACUUAUCUCUGGAGCCAAGCUCCGCAGAAGCGCCUGGCAAUGUUCUGAAGUUCAACGUGGUCAUGCAUGAACUUUGCGGCUUCGCGGAAAGAGAAGGGACCAAUCUUCACGCUCAGCUCUUCAUCCCCGGGGUCUCCGAAGAGGGCGGGGCAACUACCACAGCACUAGUCAGUGGAUUUGGAGAAAGCGCAGCUCGCUUUGAAAGCGUGCACAGCAUGAGCCUACCGCUCGAAGCGCCGCCGGAUGCAUGUCUCAGAGUAAGUGUAUUCGCUCAAGUCACGAGCAUGCAUCUCGACAAACUCCUUAGUUGGGACGACAUGCGCGAUGCGUCUGUUGGAGCGAACGUGAAGCCACGAGAUAAGCGACCACGAUCGAGAAUACCGGAACAUGAGUACUACACUGACGAGCGCCAUGAUGUUUUUGCUCGCGUGCAAGUUCUUGAGAUUGACGAGGAUGGCAGCUACCAGCCUGUGGAGGUCGUGCAGAAUGACACGCUGGACCAGGGCGCAUAUCAGCUCCAUCAGGGUAUCCAAAGGCGAGUUGUACUGUUCUUACAGCACAAUUCUGGCGACAGCUUACCCUGGAAAGACGUUGAUCGGUUCAAGAUUGGCAAAGUGCGCUUGUUGGACAACGACGGCAAGGUAUCAGACGAGGAUAGCAGCCAGCCCGACGUUCCGUUGGCACUUGUAUCCCCACCCAUUAUUCGCAAGCAUAGUGAUGGAACGACAAUCGCGAAGAUGACUGCGCAGUGGGAUUCGAGUGCACACAAUUCUGCACUAUUGGAUCGCCCAACUUUAGACAAGUACCGAGUGCAACUCACCCUCAAAUUCGAGGUACACUCGCCUCGUGUCACGCACCCGAUGGGGUUCAAUUUCGACAUUGCCAUGCAAACGCGGCCUCGCAACUGGUACCGGCAGAACUCCCUGCUCGGACAGUUGUUCCAGAAUCAGCGAGUUGUGCACUCAUCAGCCGUCACAUAUGCCGUGACUCUGGAACCCAGUCAGGCGAAGCGUGCCGGCGAUCUGUGGCGCAUGGACACUACUGGCGACUACAUCUCUGGCCAGGAAGGUCUGUCCAGCUGGGCGCCGAGAGGUGUUUCGCUCGUGAGGGACUUCAUGAACCUCAGGAAGAUCCGACAUCGCAGUGCAGAGAUCGAAGCCGCGCGUGGCGCACUAGGCUCCAGCGCACUCUCACCUCCCGCCAAGUCUCCGCCGCUCGAGGGCGAGAUGACCGAACAGCAGAAGGAGCUCGUGAGCAAAAUGCUCGACAUGUGGAGAACUAGUCCGUCUGUGAGUGAAACUUUACUUCUGCAAUCCAAUACCGAAUCUCCACAAGAUGGAGUUCCAGUGGGCAAUGGUGAUGCCGAUGGGAACACCGAGCCCGUUGCAUUAGCGGCCAGUGUCGAGACUCAGAUAAAGUCACCCAACGUAUUGAAAGCAGGUUGGCUUCUCGCACCUGACAGUUCAGGGAGACGAUGGGAGAAGACCUUUGUCGAGCUUCGACGCCCUUUCCUCCACCUGUAUGGUGGUCGAGAGGGCGAUGAGAUCAACGCCAUCAACCUCACGAAUUCCCGCAUCGACGCCGACCCUGAAAUCGCAGCUUUAUUGCAGAGACCCAACGUCCGACUGGAAGUGUUUGCGGUAUAUACCACCAAUCGAGCGUAUCUUUUCGCAUGUCGAAAUGACAAGGAACGAGGAGAAUGGAUAUGGGCAAUAGAUAGGUCUUACGUGAGCAACAGUAGUGGAGGCAGAACACCUGAAGACCACGAAUAAGAGUAGGAUCUGGAAUGAAUGCAAGCCCGUCCAUCCGCCUCUUUUGGGCUUCUGGUGUCGACGAGGAGGCACGAUGUUUAUUUAUAUAUUAUCUCAAGA